GGAGAAGCCCCGCUCCGCACUUCCAAGCAGGCAGCCGGGACCGGUGACUCCCUCCCUCCGUCUGUCUCCCAGCGGGGCCGCAGCGAGUCCGAGCCCCCCGGGCCCUGCCCCCCAGGAUGCGGAUCUCACACUUUCUGGCUUGCGGACUGUCACUGGCCCUGCUGUCCGUCCGGCUGGAGGCGAGACCCGCGGCGCAGCCCCAGCAGAAGCCCCCACGGAGCGCGCCGGGACACGAGCUGGCGGAGAGCCUGGCCGCGGGCCCCGAGCGAGGGGAGACGGCGGGCGGCGGCCGGGGCUCGGGCUCGCGGCUGCUGCGGGAGCUGCGCGUGGACACCAAGUCCCGGGCCGCCUGGGCCCGGCUGCUGCGCGACUACCCCGGCACGCGGCGGCACAAGGGCGUCAGCAAGAAGGGCCUGUCCAAGGGCUGCUUCGGCCUCAAGCUGGACCGGAUCGGCUCCAUGAGCGGCCUGGGCUGCUAGAGCGGCGACACCUGGCGGCGGGCUUUGAAUACAUUUCCCCCCCCAUGGCCAUGUCUGGCCACUCCCCAGCCGACACCUAGAGGAGCAGAGAACACCGGAAAUGGGACAGACGACGUGGUUGUGUUUUUCUUUUCGGUACGAGGAGUCAUGGCACCAGCUGUUUUGGUUUUCUUAUUUUUUAAGAUUAAAAAGUUCUCUCUAUCUUAUAUAUUGUAUAUUCUAUACAAACACUCACCAGGACAAAGGACAGUGCUUUUCCAAAAGACUGAUGAAGCCAGCUGUAUAACAUUGCUGUUUGAAAAUCCAUGUCAUGCAUAAAUGUAUUUAUGUUGUAAAGCUAUUUAUAUAUUGUUUAUAAAGAGAUAUUUAUAAAAAUUUUAUUUAUGUAACUAAAUGAAAUGAGUCGAACAGUGUAACAUUUUUUGUCCUAAAUAGUUGAAAAAUGUAAAAAAAAAAAAUUAUCAUUCCAUGUGGCAUUUUGUAACCUGUCUUCAUUUAUUGGAUUGAGUCACGUUUUUUAAAGUGCCAGAUUAAUUCCUUUUAACAGCAGGGAAGCAAUACAUUCUUUAUAAGAGUAGAGAGAGAGAGAAAGCGAUUUGCAUUUUAGCCUUUGCCCUCUCAUGCAGGGUGCUCAGUGAGGAAAUAAUUAUAAAUCCGAUCCUGAAAUCGUGUAAUCAGGGCCCAAUCCUGUGGUGAAUGCUCAGCAGGAGCAUUGCCAGGCCUGCCCGAAGCUGCAUUAACUUCUGAAUUUGUGCAGAGUCCACCAAUGAGGAGUUUAUCGCAGAACUGGGGCCUCAGGCAACUUACCCAGUGGGCCAGAUCCUGAUCAAUGUAAAUCUGGAGUAAUUCCAUCACUUUCAAUGAGUUUACUCUGGAUUUACACUCGGUAGCAGAACAGACUAUG